AUGCCUUACUGGUAUUACGAUAAAAAGGAUUUGCAGAACACGCCGUCCUUCCGCGAUGGGAUCAGCAACGAGACUGAGAAUCGGUACAGGAAAGAAGGCGCCCGGUUCAUCAUCGACACAGGGUCAAAGAUGGACUUAGGUUAUAAUACAGUUGCGACUGGAGUUGUUUAUUUUCAUCGGUUCUACAUGUUCCAUUCGUUUCGGACAUUCCCGCGGUACAUAACGGCGUGUUGCUGUUUGUUUCUGGCGGGAAAAGUGGAGGAGACGCCAAAGAAAUGCAAGGACAUAAUUAAAGUAGCGAAGUCGUUGCUGACGGAGCAGAAAUUUGCAACUUUUGGGGAAGAUCCCAAGGAAGAGGUGAUGACGUUGGAGAGGAUCCUGCUGCAAACUAUCAAGUUCGACCUGCAGGUGGAGCACCCAUACGGAUAUCUGCUGAAAUAUGCCAAGUGCCUGAAAGGAGAUAAAGGGAAACUGCAAAAGAUGGUUCAGAUGGCGUGGACCUUUGUUAACGACAGUUUAUGCACAACAUUAUGUCUUCAAUGGGAACCAGAGGUGAUAGCUGUAGCACUCAUGUUCCUUGCCGGGAAACUCAGCAAAUUUGAAGUGAUGGAUUGGAAUGGGCGGACACCCAGGCACACUGCCUGGUGGGAUAUGUUUGUUGAAGACAUCACUAUGGACUUGCUUGAGGAUAUUUGUCACCAGGUGCUGGACUUGUAUUCGCCGCAGACGCAACCGUCAGGUGGAGAGUCACCCCCUCUGCCUCCACCAAACAAGCAGCCAAAAAACGACAAGAAGCCGCCCUCCGUUACACCGCCCACUUCCGCAUCGCCUGUCGCGCCUACCGCUCCUAAACCAGUCACCAUCACGACCCCUGUCAAAAAUGGCGCCGAUGUCAAACUGGAACCACCUAAAAUAGAGCCUCCGAUAAGGUUUAAUUAUCAGUAUACGAUGCCGCCGUAUCCUCCAGUGUACGCGCCUCCUCCAACAAUUCCGCCUCCGCCGAGGCUACCUAUGUCGGGUCCACCUCCGAUGUAUCCGGAGCCGCCGCCACCCGCGUCGCGGUACCCCCCUGUUAAUGUUCCUCCCCCGAACUACUUCCCCCCUCUUCCUGGUCGCGGUCCCCCGCCACCCGGCCCACCUCCCCCGCGACCGUACUAUCCCCCGCCCUAGCGGAGGGCGGUUCUUUAAGUUUUAGGUUAUUAAUGUUUAAUUUUUUACUGAAAUACAAUUUAAUAGACUGAAUUCUUGGUUUUCACUUUAUUUACUUAUUGUAAUGACAAAAUUGCAAAGGGGUGUUUUUGCAGAACGCAAUAAAAUAUUGUAUUAUAUUUGUAUCAUUUUUAUUGUCAGUUGGUAUAUCACAAGUUUAGAAAAUAUUGCUGAUGAAUUUAUUGAUUGACACUUUUAUGUAUCCUAAGCAUUGACUUACAAUUAUAAGGACGUCGGGUCCGCGCUAAAAAGUGUCCGCACUUGUAAGGCGCUAAAAUCGUAUGCAGAGCGCGACAGUCCGCUUUAGUCUUCAUUUGUUCUACGGACAGCGCGAUACUGCGAUGACAUUACAAUUUAAAUUUCGAAUAGGUUGACUUGGGACAUUUUUUUCGUGGUUUUUGUAUUAGACCCGUCGUCCAUUUAUUUGUAAGUCAAUGAUCCUAAGUAAUAUUCUACAUAAC